CUUCAGACAUUGACAUCACUUUGUAACAACAUAUACAGCUCUGCAAGCUGGAGAAAUAUUAAAGUUUGUUUGAAAGUCAAAGCAUGGACUUCAGGCUAUUAUUGCUGAUCCUGCUUCUACACAUUUCAGGCUCUCUAACAUUAGACCGACUCUCUGUGACUUGUGAAAACAUUUGUGCUCUGAGGGAAACCAGUGUGCAGUUGAAGUGCGCCUAUGACAGCAUCCCAAUUAAAUCUGUGUUCUGGUUCAGCUGGAAACAAAGUCCAAACUGGAGGAAAAACAAUGAACCUGAAGAUUUAGAUUUAGAUUCUGAUUACUCGGGACGAGUAAAGCAGAUUUUCAAACAUGACUGUUCGACUCUCUUAAUAUCAGAUGUGACUGAGCGAGACUCUGGAGAAUAUCAGCUCAUGUUCAUCAUGAAGGAUGGAGUUAAAUGUCUCUCUUCAGUCGCUGUCAGUCUAACAGUAACAGAUUUGCAGGUAAAGAUGAGUCCUGCAUCUACAGACACUAGAGGUCCGGCAGUAAAUCUGACCUGUGAUACUUCAUGUGAUUUGACAUUUAAGCCAAAAGAUUACUUCUGGAAAAAAAAUGGACAAUAUAUAAAAGAUCUUCAUGCUAGAAACAUCACUGUGGCUUCAACAGAAAUGGAUGGCAGUUACUCCUGUUUUCUAACACAAGACCUUAAAAAUUCCUCCUCUCCUGUGUGUGUUUCCAAGAGUGGCUGCUGGGAUGUGUCUUACACCUCUAGAAGAGUCUGUGCUUUGGUAAACUCAACAGUAGACAUUUCCUGCACAUACUCACAUCCCUCUGAUUAUACUGUGAAGAAAACAUUCUGGCAUUACAGUCAGACUGGAAACUUCAUGGGAGAUCUGCUUGAGGAGCAUCAGUUUGCUGGUCGUGUGGAGUUUGUGGAGAACAAACUGAGAAUCAAAGAGCUUAAGAUCAGUGACUCUGGAGAAUAUCAGUUCAAGAUCAUCACUGACAAAACAGGAGGAACAUACUCUGGUUCACCUGGAGUCAUUCUUACAGUUACAGAUACAGAGGUAAUAAGCAGACCAGACACUGUAUCAGAGGGAGAAAAGGUGAUAUUAAGCUGUUCAACUAAAUGCACUCUGAGUAGCAAACACACUUACAUCUGGUACAAGAAUGGACAGCAGGUAACAGAUGGUUUCACUAAAGAUAACAAGCUGUAUCUGGACUCAGUCAGCAGUGAAGAGCUUCAAGAGUUCUCCUGUGCUGUAGGAGAAAUGCGAGGUGAACACAGUUCUACAGCUCUACAGAACACCUUGAUCGUACUCUGUGUCUUUCUGAUUCUUCCUCUCAUUGGAGUCCUGUAUUACAGUUUAAGCAAGAGAAGAAAAAACAAGUCAUCUGAACAACAUGAGCACACAAAAGAGGCUGUACAGUUGGAUUUAUCCCCAGUAUACGAAACUGUUGCUCCUUUGUCUACGGUCAGCACACAGCAAGAUCACAAAAAGGAUCAGGACAUUCAUUACUCAAGUAUACAUUUCAAGAAAUCAGACAUUAAGAACACAUCUGUGGUGACUACUGAUGAAGUUCAUUAUGCUGCUGUGAAGUUUAGCUAAUGAUUCAUUUAGACUCCCACCUCCACAAAAAGCUACUUCCCUCAACCUAAAAAUUGCAGACCGACAUUUUGUGACCCAGCUUUUUCUCUUGUCAA